CUUUGUCCACCACGAAUCAAACACCAUGUUUCAGUCCAACACCACCAAGCCUUCCUUCUCCGGAAUCGAAGAGGACCCUGUGAUGCCAAUUGCUAUCAUUGGCUUCUCUGGCCGUUUUCCCGGUGAUGCCGAGAACCCUACGAAACUGUGGGAUAUGAUCGCAGCGGGCAAAAGUGCCCUCUCCGACAUUCCCAAAGAUCGGUUCAAUGUGGACGCUUACUACCACCCUCACCACGAGCGGCACGGAAUUCUGAAUGUCCGAAAAGCCCAUUUCAUGAAGAGGGAUAUCUCUGCAUUUGAUGCACCCUUCUUUACCAUGUCCAUUCCAGAGGCGGAAGCUAUGGACCCUCAGCAACGAAUGGCGCUUGAAUGUACCUAUGAAGCUCUCGAAAACGCUGGACUUCGAAUGGAGGAUGUCAGCGGAUCCAGCACAUCGUGUUUCGUGGGAUGCUUCACUAGAGACUACAGUGAGAUGCUAGGCUCUGAUCCAGAGGAUCUUCCUCUCUACCACGGAACCGGAACUGGAUCAGCCAUCAUGUCCAACAGAAUUUCGUGGUUUUUUGACUUCAAAGGACCCAGUAUUAGUUUGGACACCGCUUGCUCAUCAUCCAUGGCGGCUCUGCACUUGGGAUGCCAGAGCUUGCGUACAGGAGAAACCACCAUGUCAAUUGUUGGUGGUACCAAUCUGAUUCUCAUGCCCGGUAUCAUGGGUUCGAUGACCCGACUGCACUUCCUUAGCCCAGACGGAAAGUGUCAGUCUUUCGAUCACAAGGGCAAUGGAUACUCUCGCGGAGAAGGUGCUGGGUUCUGUGUACUGAAGCCACUUGAUCUGGCUUUGAAAGACGGCGAUGUUAUCCGGGGUGUCAUCCGCAACAGCGCGGUCAGCCAGGACGGACACACUCCUGGAAUUACCCUUCCUUCCGGAGAGGCACAGGAGGCGCUCAUUCGGCGUGUCUACGCAGAGGCAGGUUUGAGCCUCGCUGAUACACAAUAUGUUGAGGCCCACGGAACUGGAACACCUGCUGGAGACCCUGUUGAAGCGGGCGCUCUAGGAAGAACUUUUGGUAGCGCCCGGGGUACAGGGAACCCGUUGAUUAUGGGCUCUAUCAAAUCCAACGUUGGCCACCUCGAGGGCGGCUCGGGCAUGGUACAGGUUAUCAAGGGUAUCAUGAUGAUUGAGAAGGGAGAGAUUCCGCCAUCGAUCUGGUACGAAAAGCCGAACCCACGAAUUCCAAUGGAUGAAUGGAACCUACAAGUUCCGACUCAGCUACUGCCUUGGCCGACCGCGGGUCUCCGCCGUGUUUCCAUCAACUCCUUUGGGUACGGAGGCACCAACGCUCAUUGCAUUAUCGACGACGCGUACCACUAUUUCCAGGCCCACCGUAUCACCGGAAAGCACAAUGUCCAGGCCAUCGAAAGCCCUUCCCCAUUCGGAACCCCCGAUUCUGGAGUUGAGCUCUCCAGCAACCGCUCAGAUGCUAUGUCGUGGACCUCCGUCAGCGACUAUUUCUCUAAUCCCUUUGUGUCGGAAAUUCCAUCGUGCCCCAAGCUGCUUUUGUGGAGCUCUAACGACCAAGGUGGCGUCGAGCGAAAUGCGAAGGCCUUCGCCCAGUAUCUCACGGAUAAGGUCUCUGAUGAUUUGACCGAGAAGGAAGAGAAGAAGCUGCUUGCCAAACUUGCAAUCACCCUGGCGAACCGGAGAAGUGUCCUUCCGUGGAAAUCCUUUGUGGUUGCAAGCUCGUGCAAGGAGGCAAUCGCACAGCUCGAAUCGCUCCCUGCCCAGCCUGUUCGCACCUCAAGCGGGCGGACGUGCCCCAAGCUUGCAUUUGUCUUCACCGGGCAAGGAGCCCAGUGGUUUGCUAUGGGUCGCGAGUUGUACGCACAGCCUGUCUUCAGAUCCAGCCUGGAAGCCGCAGGUAGAUACCUUGUCACCCUAGGCGCCUCUUGGUCCCUGCUCAAUGAGCUGUUCCGUGACGAGGAAACCUCCAGACUGGACUCCCCGGAUCUUUGCCAGCCGCUAUGUACAGCCCUUCAAAUCGCAUUGGUGGACCUAUUCAAAUCAUGGGGUGUCAAGCCAACUGCUGUCAUUGGUCAUUCCAGCGGUGAGAUUGCCGCUGCGUAUGCGAAGGAGGCUAUUUGUCGCGAGGAUGCCUGGAAGAUCGCAUACUACCGAGGCCACCUUUCCAGUUGCAUCCGUGGCUUUGCGCCAGGCUUGUAUGGUUCAAUGUUGGCAACUGGGAUUGGAGCGGAAGACUCGCAGAAGUAUAUCAGCCGUCUCCCUCGGGGCAACGCGACAGUUGCGUGCAUGAACAGCCCGGCAAGCACAACCAUCUCUGGAGACUCAGUUGCAAUCGACGAACUUGAGCAGAUGAUCAAGCAGGAUGGUCACUUUGCUCGAAAACUCAGAGUUGACAUCGCCUACCAUUCCCCUCAUAUGCAAGUCAUUGCGGACAAAUAUCGCCAGGCCCUGGGAGACAUCAUCCCCCUCGAUACAGCGGAGACCCAGGUGCAGAUGUUCUCUUCCCUGACUGGCGAGAGAGUCAAGGCCAAUAAUGAGCUUGGCACAGACUACUGGGUCUCCAAUCUGGUUUGUCCGGUGAGCUUCUCUAGUGCGAUGAAAAGUCUUCUGCAAUAUUCCGAGAAGAAAUCGAGACGUCGCAACAACAAGGCUUUCGUGGAGCAUUUGAUUGAGUUCGGUCCUCAUGCUGCGCUCAAGGGGCCCAUCAAGCAGAUCCUUACCUCCGACUCGCUUGGCCCACUUGGCGAGGUGUCGUAUCAAUCCGUUCUUGAACGUGGAAAGAACGCCUGCGAAACAGCAAUGGCAGUUGCAGGUCGCCUCUUCCAAAAUGGAUACCCCGUCACCGGUGACUCCCUGUUUGAUGAUUUAGAUUCGUCAGUCAAGGGCGGUUACCUCGUCGAUAUGCCACCAUUUGAAUGGAACCACAGCCUGAAGUACUGGGCGGACCACCACACUGCACGUCACCAUCGAUUCCGCAAGAACCCCAGGACUGACCUCUUGGGUGCCGAGACGGUGGACGGCAUCGAUGCUGAGCCGCGAUUCCGCAAUAUCUUGCGAAACAACGACAUUCCCUGGGCCCAGCUUCACAAGGUCCAAGGAGCUGCCUUGUAUCCGGGAGCUGGUAUGAUGAUCAUGGCAAUCGAGGCCAUGUGUCAGAGAGCGGAUUCCUCGCGCCCUAUUGCUGGAUAUGAGCUGCGAGACAUCAUCAUUAGCAAGGCGAUCGUUGUGCCCGCCGACGACUCUGGCAUUGAAACAAUGCUCAAUGUAAGGCCAUACCGGCAAGGAACUCAGUCGCUCGACGCUGCCUGGCAGGAAUUCCAGCUUUACUCCCGCAAGGAUACGUGGGAGCUGAACUGCUCUGGUCUUAUUCGCAUCGACUACAAGACCUCUCCUAACACGGUGUUUGUCGACGAGGAUGCGCUGGCUGCAGAGCGUUAUGCAGGCCAAUACCAAGCUGUGCAGAAUGCCUGCUCCCGCCUCCAGCGCCCCCGAGACUUCUACGAGCAACUGAACUCCAUCGGCCUGUACUACGGUGGCGUGUUCCAGGCUUUGACGGAGAUUCACAAGGGCGACUAUUGCAGCACCUGUCAGGUCAAGGUUUCGGACACGAAGAGCAUUAUGCCACACCAGUUCGAGUUCCCCCACGUGAUUCACCCGGUUACUCUGGACAGUAUUUUCCAGAUGGCCGUGCCUUCUUCAUUGAAGGCCGACGAGGACUUGAACGCUCCCAGGGUCCCUGUGGGGAUCGGACGUCUCUAUGUCUCUGCGGAUGUGCCCAAGUCCCCUGGCGAUAUCUUGAACGGCUAUGCCACUUACGAGCAGACUGGGUUUGAUCAGGGUGAAUCAAAUAUUGUGGUCUCCGGCGAACAAUGGAACAAGCCUCUUGUUGUUCUAGAGGGUAUGCGAGGAAGAAGGCUCAACACCAAGACGAGCAACGACACAGACCUUCGCAAGAUCGGCAGCCACUUCCACUGGCAGGAAGAUCUCUCUCUCAUGCAGCCCGAGCAGCUGCGCAAGCUUUGUGUCAGUGCCACUGGCCAUGUCAAAAACGAAGAUCGCCAAGUUCUCUUCGACAUUGAGAUGGCCUGUAUGGUCAUCAUCAAGCGGGUGAUGCAAGAAUGCUCGGUUGAGGAAUCUGAAUCCUAUGCCUGGAACUUCAAGCUAUUCUACGACUACAUGAGAGACUACAUGGGACUUGCCCAAGAAGGAAGCCUGGGCUAUCAGCUGGAGACCCCAGAGGUUGACUGGCUGAAUAUGACUCCGGAGGCGGAAGAGUCCCUCCUAGAGCGCGUGUCGAAAACAUCCACCGAUGGUCGAGUUCUUAUUGAGCAUGGCAAACAUCUUCCCCAGAUUCUGCGUGGCCAAAUCCCUCCCCUUCAGAUCUUGAUGUCCGAUAAUUUCCUACACGAUUUCUAUCAGUCCGGCAUCGGCACCAAACAGCACUAUGCUCAAAUGACCUGGUACGUCGACCAGUUGGCGCACAAGAAUCCCGACAUGAAGAUUCUUGAAAUCGGCGGUGGUACUGCUGCUGCCGCCCUGCCCGUGCUGCAGACGCUGGGCGGCUCUGGAGGUACAGACCCCCGAUUCGAAAGCUACACAUUCACCGACAUCAGUGUUGGGUAUUUCGAGAAGGCCCAGAGAAAGCUGGCACCUUGGGUUCCCUACAUGAACUUUGCCAAGCUCAACAUCGAAGAAGACCCUGUCACUCAGGGUUUUGAGGAGGGUGGAUAUGAUAUGAUUGUGGCAUCUAACGUUCUGCACGCAACCCGGUCGAUUGGAAAGACCCUUCAGAACGCAAGGAAGCUGUUGAAGCCAAAUGGCAAGCUUGUCCUCAGUGAGCUCACUCAAUUCCAAAAGAUGAGGUUCCAUAUGGUCGUCGGGUCGUUGGAAGGCUGGUGGUAUGGCGAGGAUGAUGGCCGCCACCAUGGGCCAACCCUGUCAAUGGACCAAUGGAACGACGCCCUCUUGCAAGCUGGCUUUGAUGGUAUUGAAGUCGACUUCAAGGAUUUCCCCGAUCCCCGCGACACCGGCUUUUCGGUCAUGAUUAGCGGAGCUUCCGCGUCCGAGAAGCCACCGGCUCCCAAGGAGGUUAUUAUUGUCCUUCCUGCUAAUCCAGAGCCAGAUGUGGCCGUUGCUAGUGAACAGAUGAAGGCGCGAUUGCAGGAACGUGGAUCUCUUGUAUCCACCGCUUGCCUGCAGGACACUCUGGCGUUGGAUUUGCAAGAGAAGUCGUGCCUUUGUUUGCUGGAUGCCAACCGAGACAAUGCGUUCUUGCCAACCAUCUCUUCGGGAGACUGGGAUGCUUUAAAGCACCUCAUUCUCACCACGCGAAGCAUUACCUACGUCAGUCGGGGCGGUGCGGUCAACAGUGAAAACCCACAGUCUAACCUCAUGUCCGGGCUAGCGAGAAGCAUCCGAUCGGAAAACUAUCACAUUUCCUUCACAUCAUUAGAUGCCGAAUAUGGUCGUCACCUUGCCGAUGAAGACGCUUUGGCAGCUAUGCUGGAGGUCUUCUGCCAUGCAAGUGACUCCAAAGACUCUGAUCGGCCUGACUGGGAAUAUGCAAUCCGAAAUGGCAUGCCAAUGAUUCAAAGGGUACUUCUGGAGAAGGGUAUCAACGACCUUUCAUCCUCCUGGUACGCUGCUCCAGCACCGGAGCAAGCACCCUUCAAGCAAGAUGGCCGGCCCCUCACUCUGGGAAUUGGUACCCUGGGAAGACUGGAGACCCUUCGAUUCGAGGAUGACCGGGUCGCCGCUGAGCCUCUUGGAGCUGACGAUGUUGAGAUCACAGUCAGAGCCGCCGGCCUGAACUCCCAGGACCUCAUGGUCGCCAUGGGACAACUGUCCCGGUCCGGACUUGGGGUCGAUUGUGCCGGUAUCAUCCGCCGGGUCGGUCGCAAUGUCAAAACACUUGAGCCGGGUACUCCUGUGAUGACCUGGAAACUGGGCACCUUCGGUAACAUUGCCCGGGCACCAGCAGCAAUGGUGCAGCGCGUUCCGGACGGAAUGGACCUCACCACGGCUGCCUCGCUCCCUCUCAUCUAUAGCGCUGCGCUCUACUCCCUAUCGACGGUCGCUCGCCUCAGACCCGGAGAGACGAUCUUGAUCCAUGGAGCAGCCGGAGGUGUAGGCCAGGCAGCAAUCAUGCUGGCACAGUCCAUUGGGGCCACCGUUUUCGUCACAGUUUCCUCCGAAGCAAAGAAGAACUUGCUGACAACCACAUAUGGGAUUCCAGAGUCGCACGUUCUCAACAGCCGCGAUGAUUCAUCCUUUGUGCAGGGAGUGAUGCGUCUGACAAGCGGCCGAGGUGCUGAUGUGGUGUUGAACUCUCUUGCUGGGGAGGCACUGCGUACCAGCUGGGGAGCCAUUGCCCGCUUUGGGCGCUUCGUGGAGCUCGGUCAACGGGACAUCGCAGGCAAUACAGGCCUAGACAUGGCCCCCUUCCUCCGCAAUGUGUCCUUCCACUCCGUGAACAUGCUGGAUUUGCUCGACUGGGAUGUUGCGACCGCAUCUCGUGUAUUCGCCGACGCUGUCGACCUAUUGCGUCGCCAGGUCGUGAAGCCGAUUGCGCCGGUACAAGCCAUGCCAUUCUCACAGGUUGAAGAGGCAUUCCGUCUGCUGCAAACAGGUGCGCAUACUGGAAAAUUGGUUCUUGAGGCCCAUGACGACGACCUUGUAUCUGUCGUCCCUGCGGCCGCUGCCCCGGUACGAUUCCGGUCAGAUGCUACUUACCUGAUUGCUGGUGGCGGUGGCGGUCUCGGUCGAGCUAUCGCUUUGUGGAUGGUUGGGAAUGGUGCUCGAAACAUCUUGCUUCUUUCACGAUCUGGAACCAAGAAGGCAGCAGCAAGAGAUCUCGUAAGCCGGUUGACGGCCCAGGGAGCUCGAGUGGAUGCCUGGCCAUGCGAUGUAUCAAACGAGGAGCAGGUCGCUAGGGUCAUUGAGCGAUGCCGGUUGGAAUCUUGGCCUCAGGUUCGGGGUGUGAUUCAGGGCGCGAUGGACCUACAAGAUGCCACUUUUCCAGACAGACCGGGAUCUCUAACACCACAACAGCUCUACCAAAAUAUGACACACGAGCAAUUCACCGGGGCACUCCUGCCAAAGGUGAAUGGAAGCUGGAACCUCCAUAAGCACCUUCCCGAGGACAUGGACUUCUAUGUUCUUCUUUCAUCUGUCAUUGGAAUCGCCGGUUCCCCCUGCCAGGGCAACUACUCGGCCGGAAACACAUACCAAGAUGCGAUCGCCCACUACCGACGCAGCAAGGGCAUGGCCGCAUGCUCCAUCGAUGUCGGCAUGAUGCUCGGUGUGGGAUACAUCGCAGAGCAGGGCACGGAGGGCCGAGUGCACGACAACGCCAAGUCAUGGAGUUUCCUGGGUAUCCACGAACACGAGUUCAUCGGAAUCCUCGAAGCAACGAUCCGCGGCGAGAGCACACCCGGCAGCGUGGUCCCGCCACAGGUUAUCACCGGUCUUGGAACCGGUGGUAUGCUGACGCAAAUGGGAGAGAAAUACCCCUGGUGGUUCAAGGAGAUGAAGUUCGGUCAUAUCAAGCGGGUUGGCGCGCAUCAGCAGUCCAACCAGGGUAGCGGGAAAGAUGAGAUUUCCGUGAGCACACAGCUCGGAAAAUGCCAAAGUCUGGACGAGGCCAGCGACAUUGUCACCGGAGCGCUGGUCAAGAAGUUGGCCAAGUCUAUGGUGGUGUCGGCGGAGGAUAUCGAGCCCUCCAAGCCUGUCAGUAGCUAUGGCGUGGACAGUUUGCUUGCCGUGGAGCUUCGGAAUUGGAUCUAUGCGGAUAUCAAGGCUGAAGUAUCUGUGUUUGAUCUCUUGAGCAGCGUGCCCAUUACAUCCCUUGCAGGGAAGAUUGCUGGCACGUCUGAGAUGGUUCCUAAGUUUUCUGAUGAAUAG